AAUUGGCGAACUCGUUAUAUCUUGAAGUAAAUUGACGUAUACGGAGUUGUGCAUAUUAGUGUUUGUGAGGAAAACUUUAUCAUUUGUUCGGCACGAUUUUACAUUAUACUUGCGUUUUAGAAUUGAUACUACGAAAUAGAAAUGGAAGAAAUUCGAUUUAUGUGGUGUGACACACUGGAGGAAUUGCUUCAAUGUCCAGUAUGUUUAGAGACAACACCUAAUACCAAAAACCAAUGUGUCAAUGGACAUCAUAUUUGUACUACAUGUAAGACACAAGUGUCUUCAUGUCCUUUGUGUAAGUCACAGUUUAUUAACACAAGGAAUUUAGCUGUCGAACAUAUCUCAGCCAAAUUAGAAGAGAUUAAGUUGUCUCUAUUGCAUCCUUAUCAUGCACUUAAUAGAAGAAUUUUAAAGGGUAAAGUAUGUGUAGCUACUCAGACCGAGAACACUUGCAGACCUUCUAUAAUUCAUGCAUCAAUCGCAUGUCAAACUGAGACCUCAUUUAAAGAAAAAUUACCGCAACAUGAGCUUCAGCAUGAUCAGAGACAAAAAUUAAACAUUCUUUCACCUAAAGUAGGAAAAGGACAAUAUCCAUGUCGUAUUGGAACUUGUAUUGUAGAGCUACCACAUGGAAGAAUGAUUAGCCAUUUGAGAUAUUAUCAUAAAGAUUCAUUUCAUGAGUUCUCCAAUAGGUGUAACAUAUUCAACAAGACCUGGAAUCUGGAGUACAUGUCACAAGAUUUAGAUUUUGCCUUUUUUAUCAGAGGCAUGGGUCUGUUUUUCCUGUACUUGUCUAUAAAUCAUAAAGGUGGUUUAAUAGGUGCGGUACAAAUUGUUAAUUGCAAUGAAGCUGCUAAACAAUUCAUAUAUACAUUGAAGGUGGGAAGUGGACCUCAGGGGGUUCGCUACAGUACAGUGGUGAAAUCGUGUCGAGUACGGAAGGAGGUUCUUCUGGAAGAUUGUUUGCACGUGCAUGAUGGCAAUAUGCGUCGCAUAACAUGUAACCAUAGUUUUCGUUGCGAACUCACAAUUAAUCGUAAAAAUGAACAUCGUAGAAUGAACACCGUACAGGAAAAUCCGGCAUUAAAUGAUGUUCGCAAUCUUCGUGCUUUCGAUGAAACUGACGCGGUACAUUGAAUCGAUUUUUAUCUCCCUUGCCCUCCCCCCUUUAUU